AUGGCAUUUAUACACAAGUUGCCUGCUUCAGACAUCUGCUACUAUCCAAGUAGUUUCCGUGUCGCAAACAACUUUCACCCCUGGGAUAUUCUUCCCAGAAUCAAUAAAAAGUCAUCCAAGUGCAUACUGAGGCGGCUGGCGCUAAUAUGGCAACCGCAGCACCACCACCUUGUUAGUCAUAUGCUGGAUAUUCCCAAUACCUACUCAUAUAGAUCACCCUCAACUCCAUUCCAAUCACCAGAUAGCAGGCGCCCCCUUGAGGGUGAGGUCAAAAUUGGCUGGGUGGUGGAGGGGCUCGACAUGUGCGCCAGAGAUGUAGACGGCGCGGCGGAGGCGCCGGGGGCCCCGCCUCCCCCCGAAACCCCCGGGGGGGGGGCCGGGGUCUUGAGAUGGUACAUUGUCGGUCGCAAGGAUUCGGUCGACAGAUAUAGGAAUACAUGGGAAAAUGCAAACGGUCAAUCGCCGCUUUCUAGACGUACUUUACAGCGCAGUCCCCGAGUCCCGCGUCCCAUCUCCGUGCUCUGUCUGGGACAUGCCGUAGCCUCACGCCAGCGAGAUGUAGACCCGUGCGUGCUUCCAACCUCGUCCACGCUCGGCACAACGAAUCCAGAUACAGAAGAUACCUCCGCGCUCGUCUAUCGCCUCGUUCAGUUCCUGAAGGGAAGGGGGGAUGUUGAUGGAGUUCCGGGCCGUAUCGUACGCCGACAAAAUCGACCAGCUGAUGGCAAAUGGAUUCUCCCUUCGUGGGCCGCUCGUCUAUCACACCCGACUGACUUUGCUGCCUUUGUUGAUAGAACCAUAGCUCGACGACGGCAAGCUGCCAAUCGAGAACCCCAUCUUAUAGAAACGGAAUCCCCCUCCGUGAAGCGGAGCCAGGCAGGGCAAUCCUCUCUCAAGCUCGACUCUCCCGAGACCAGCCAGAAUCUCAACACCUUUUCUUCCACGACGGGCCCCUGUGACGAAGAAAGCCUCGUCCCAGAGAAGUCAACAGACCCGCAAGCCCAGUUCCUUGCCCUUCUUGCUCGAGAACAACUGAACGAAGAGCUAGCUUCUCCAGCUCUCCCUAGUCGCCCUUUCCGGGGGAUCCGAUCUGAUCCGAUCCUGCGCCUCUCCCCGCACAAAAUGUACAAAUAUGUCAUAUCCAAAGUCUUGGCCCUUUAUCGUCCAAUGCACCACCGUCAUAACUACGGCGGAAACUCUAAAGCCAAAGAAGAAGAACAGUAA